AUGGCAAGCACAAGUAAUAGAAAUUUCUUUUCAUCAAAUAUGACCCAAAUACCAAUGGAUGAAAAGAUUAGAAUCGCAUUACAAUUUAAUAAUCUUUCUCAAAGUACCAAACAAACAUUAACCAAAGUAUAUUGUGCAUUGGCAAUUGGAAUUUUAACAGCAACAGUUGGUGUUCUCUUUUCAAUGUUCAUUUAUAGACCAGGCUUUUUAAUGACUUUACUUUUAGUUAUUGGGAGUGCCAUUCUAUUUGCAACAACACCAAGAACUCAAGAUUAUAAAACUCAAGUUAAAAGAUUCACUCUUUUCAAUUUAGUAACUUUUGUUACUGGUAUGUCAUCAAGUGGUUUAAUUGAAUUGUAUAUGGAUAUUAAUUCAUCUAUUGUUCUUAAUGCAUUUAUGGCAACAUGUGGUAUUUUUAUAUCAUUUACAUUAUUCUCAUUAUUAACUAAUAAGAGAUUAUAUAUUUUCAUUGGUAGUAGUUUAGCAUCAUUAUCAAUUGGUAUCUUUGUAUUGGCUCUUACUAGACUAUUUGGAGGAUACAGCGAACCAUUGGAUCAACUUUUCAUUUUGGCAAUUUUAGCAAGCUCUGUUUUGUUCAUCAUUUUUGAUACACAAAUAAUGGUCCACAGAAUAGAAAAUUUAGGUGAAAAAGAUGUCUUAUUCCAUGCCUUUAUUCUCUUUUAUGACUUUGUUGAUCUCUUUAGAGUCAUUUUAAAGAUUUUAGCAAAAAAAGAGAAUAAAAACAAUAAUAAAUCAAGAAGAUAA